AUGAGUGACGUGGUGUUUAAGAAGCGAUCCAGAGCAGGUGCACGCGAUGUACGCAAACGAGGGCCGGAUGAUACAGAAGCUGUAGCGGAGCAGCCUGAAACGAGCUCGGCUGUUGUCACGAAAAAGUCGCGCACAGACGCUGCGUGUCACGAUGAGGAUCGUCCUGCGCAUGUAGACCGAUUUGGUGAGAGCUCCAUUCGGGCAGUGGAGCGGGCCAAUACGUCUGCGUUGAACGCAAACACCAACAAAGACGAUGCUGCACGAAGUGCGAACGACUGGGACGUGCAGGAAGAAAUGGCGUCGUUCCAGUCGAACGACGAUGGCAAGUACCGUGGCAUGGCCGGCUAUGCCAAGUAUACCCAGGAGCGGGACGAUGGCAGCUCGGCCAAGUUCAAAGCCAAAGGGCCCAUCAAAGCGCCGGCGAAUGUACGAACAGUGACGGUCGUGGACUACCAGCCAGAUGUGUGCAAGGACUACAAAGAGACGGGCUAUUGUGGGUUUGGCGAUACAUGCAAGUUCUUGCAUGACCGAAGUGACUACCUAGCAGGCUGGCAGCUGAACAGUGUGGGCGAGGCGGCGGAUGCGCGUGCCGGCACGUUUGGGGUUGAAGAGAGUGACGAGGAAGAGGAAGAGAUUCCGUUUGCGUGCCUGAUUUGCCGGCAGCCUUUUACGGACCCUGUAGUGACGCUGUGUGGCCACUAUUUCUGUGCGCAGUGUGCGAUUCAGCGGUUUGCCAAGACGCCCAAGUGUUUUGCGUGUGGCGCGAAGACCAAAGGGCUUUUCAACGCCGCGACCAAGAUCCUUGAGCGGAUGAACCAGCGCCAAGCAGCCAAAGCCGAAGCGCGAGCGGAGCGGCGACGUAUGCAUGGCCUGGAGGAGGAGCGGGACACGGCGCAGGAUGCUACGCCGCUGCUCGAUGGUGUGGUUGUCGACACAGACUCAUGA